AUGGAGAUUUCAGCCUAUCCAAUCUCUAGAGGGAGCCCUGCGACCUUCGGUAUAUCUGCAGUCUGCAACAACAGGUUUUAUGAUUUGAUGCUGGGGACUGUUUCAUACUCUCUGAAGAUGAAGAUGUUCACUGCAAACAAGCAUGAGUUGACUUGCAUUGAAUUUGAUUUUAGCGUCUGUAUUAAAGAUCAACAGGAUGAAGAAACAGAGUUGGAAUUCAGUGUUGGCGGUCAAGGCUUACUUCCAAUCUCUUCAAAUACCAUUAUCAGUGAUGAGCAUACCACGCAAGAAGUGAAAGAGGACAAUGAAGAACAUCCAGUGUUAUCAGAUUUUGAAGAGAAAUGUCCACCGGGAGGAGAAGAUUCAGUGGUUUUCUACACAACAAGUCUGAGGGGAAUCAGAAAAACAUUCGAAGACUGCAGCAGUAUAAGGUUUCUUUUAGACAGUUUCAAGAUAUUGGUCCAGGAGAGAGAUGUUUCAAUGGACAUGAGGUUCAGGGAAGAACUGUGGAGGAUAUAUGGUGGCAGAGUGGUUCCUCCAAAGCUGUUCAUCAAGGGAAGAGAGAUAGGAGGAGCCGACGAAGUUAUUCGACUUCACGAACAAGGAAAGCUAAAGAAGCUCCUGGAAGGGAUACCUUCAAACAGCAUGUGUACUGAUUGUGACAACAUCAGGUUCCUGAUCUGCUCAAACUGCAAUGGAAGCCGCCAGGUUUUUACAGAAAAAGAAGGCGAUGAAUUGUGCAUGAAAUGCCCUGAUUGUAAUGAGAAUGGAUUGGUCAAAUGCCCUGUGUGCUGCUGAAAUGUCUACUUACUAUAAUUGUAUCCUUUUUUUUUAC